UCUGCCUGCGUUUUGCUCCGCGCCGCUCACUCGCGAGAGACGUCGGGGUCUCCUUGUGACGUCAGUCCGGGGCUUCGGAUAGUGAGCACGCGCGGAAGGGGCCGGACGUUUUGCUUGGUUUCGUUUCUCCCGCGGAACGGCGCUGAAAGUGCUGCUUUCGGAACGGAAGCGACAGCACGGGGCCGGAACAGGCCUGCGAGGGGCGGCGUUCGCCGGCCGUUGUGCAUACGGCAGCUUGAAGCUGCUCAGCAAACAUGAUGCGUAAUAAGGUGGAGGUAGAGAAGUAUAUCGCUUCAUUGCAGGGCUCCAAGCCGCUGUCGCCCCGUGAGAAAUCACUCAAAGGAUUUUUGUUUGCAAAACUCUACUAUGAAGCCAAAGAAUAUGAAUUUGCUAAAAGGGAGGUGUCAGCAUACAUAAAAGUACAGGAGAGGGAUCCAAAAGCACACAGGCUUCUUGGCCAGAUUUAUGAAAUUCAGGGUGACAUUGAAAAGGCCAUUGGUUGUUACAAGCGAGUUAUUGAACUGAAUCCAGUGCAGAAGGAUAUUAUCCUGAAAGUGGCUGAUUUGCUCUGUAAUAAUGGAAACCUUAUUGAUGGAAGAGCUGAAUACUGGUUGGAGAGGGCAGCCAAGCAUUUUCCUGGUAAUAGGAUUGUUUAUAAACUGAAGGAAAAGCUACUGAGCUCAAAGGGACAGUUGGACCAUUCUCAACUGUUUGAUCUUAUUCAGUCUGAACUGCAAUCGAGACCAGAUGAUCCACAUGCUAAUAUACGCUUAGUGGAAUUCUACUGUUCAUUUGGGAAACUUGAAGAAGCAGUGAAUUUCUGCAUGAAUACAGAGAAGAGAAGAGCUCUUUCCAGAAGUCUGGAAUGGAACGCCUGUCUAGUACAGACAUUAAAGCAAUGUCUUGAUUCAUCAGAUGUCUUGGGAACUGAUAAAAGUAAAUCGCGAUCAAUGCAGAGGGAGUUGCUUCUAGCUUCCUCUAAUCUUAUGUUUUUGACAUUAUCAAACAGAGAUGUCCAAGAAGCUGUAGAUGCUCUACUGAGUUUUGAUCAUACAAUGCAUGUCACAAAAUCGUAUAUUACCACAACUAUGGAUGAUCUUUCUGCUGCUUUCAUUGAAAUAAGAGGACACCUGUAUUUGCAUGCUGGAUCAUUACUUGUAAAGAUGGCUCAGCAGAACGAGAUCAAAUGGAAAGCAGUUGUCGAUCUUGCUGCAUUGUGUUAUCUGAUUGCCUAUCAGGUUCCUAGACCCAAAAUAAAAUCUCUGAAGGCACAAGAGACAAACAAGGAAUUGCUGAGCUGGUUAGCAUCAGACAGACAAAGUCAAUCAGGUCACAUGUUAUUGAACUUAAUGGUUGGAAGGCCUGACUAUCACAAAGAAGUGGUGAAGACUUUUGCAAAUAAAGGUGGCCAAACUGCAUUGAUUGAAACAUUGUUUGGAAGUCUAACUUCUGAAAGGUCUUUUCUAGCCAAUGAUGACAUCCGAGAUGUUACAGGAAGCCAACCAGACAUGAACUAUCUUGUAAAAUGUGAUGAUGGUUGUGUUAGAUUGCAUGGUUCAAAUUUGCAGCACCUUGUCUGGCUUGGGUUGCAGCAGUUUUCAAUGGCUCAGUUACCUGUGGUCCGGAAUUGGUUGAAGCAGUUAUUUCCUAAAUUGCCCCAGGAAACAUCACGGCUUGACACAAAUGCUCCUGAGACUCUUUGUAUUUUAGAUCUUGAGGUUUUUCUUCUUGGAGUGAUAUUUUCAAGUCACACACAGAUACAAGAUAAAGCAGCUCAUCAUUACAGUUUACACCAGCCAAAGUGCUUGCCCCUUGCAAUCAGUAAGCUACUCUAUACAGAGCGACAAAAAGCCUGGUGGGAUGCUGUUUGCAACCUUGUCUACAAAAAAGCACAGCCAGGUACAUCAGUUAAGAUGAGACUUGUAAUCCAGCAUGAGCUUGCUACUCUAAGGGCAUUAGAAAAGCACGGACUUCAGCCCGCCCUAAUCAUACACUGGGCACGGAGCUUGGUCAACAUUGGAAGUCGAUUAAAUUCGUAUUAUGACCAAAAGGACUACAUUGGACGGGGUGCCUUUUACUGGAAGAAAGUUCAGCCAUUGCUACAGAUCAUUAGAAAGAAAAAGAACAUUCAUGAGCCUAUUGAUCCAUUGUUUAUGCACUUCCAUAGCAGGGAAAUUAAGGUUGAUGAAGUUAACGAUUAUGAAAGGGAAGCGGAAGUUGCUUUUGCUACACUUGAUGUAGUUGAUGGAAAAAUUGAUGAGGCAAUUGCUGCUUUUGAGUCCAUCAAUAACAUUGCUGCACAUUGGAAUCUUGCUUUGAUAUUUCACAGAAGGUCUGAAGAGUAUGAGAAUGGUGAUGGAAUGACACCUGAUGAACAUGAAGAAUGUAAAAUUUGCUUACUGCGUAGCAGAGCAUAUCUAAAAAAAGUGCUGAUUGAAACUGAAACUAACGUAACAACUAUUGACAGUUUGCCUGUGCCUUUAGAUGCAGUAAAAGAAAUGCUAGAAUUGGUAAGUCAGCAUCUUCAAGAGUAUAAUAAUGAUGAGCUUGACCAUGGUGAAGAAGACAACGCAUUUUCCCAGAUAGCUGAAAAUGGCACUUCUCCAGAGUUGACUCCAGUAAAACAUUCUACCCUAUCUCCGGUAAAGCUUAGCCCAUCGCCAACCAAAAGUUACAAGUGGUCUCCAAAGACUCCUCCACGCUGGGCUGAAGAUCAAAAACAUUUGCUCCAGAUGCUUUGCCAGCAAGUGGAACAGCUAAAGGGUGAAGUCCGUGAGCUGAAGAUGAAUAAUUCAAGUGCAACAGAAUCCCCACGACCCCAGUGGCAAGCAGAUAGUUGUGAUCCCCAUACAGAAAAUUAUCAAGGAGUACAAAGCUUUCAGGGGCCACCUUUAACAGUUGCUACUUCAGGAUCAACUGUGUUCUACAAUCAAUCUCCAAUGUACAAUUCCCAAUAUCAUCUUAGAGCAGCAUCCAACGUGGCUCCAACCAAGCAGGCUCCUACAUAUGGAAUUGGUCGGAUUCCACCACAACAGUCCGUGUAUGGAUAUCAGCAGCAAGCUCACACACCUCCUAUUCAAACCAAUUCGGCAUGUAUUUAUUCACAAGAUAUGUAUGGGCCACAGUUGCAUUUUGAAUCUCCCGCAACUGGAUUGCUUUCUCCAUUUGGUGAAGACUACUACAAUCAUGGCAUUCCACAAACAAGCACAAACCCACCUUUGCCAGAGCCUGGUUACUUCACUAAACCGCCUGCAGGAAUGCAACCUAUGAAACCUACAGAAACUAAAGGACGAUUUGGAACACCUAAUCAACAAAUACAAAAUGAAGCUGCAAAAAAUUCAUUGGUUACUGGACUAUUGCACUCAACACCAGCAACAACAUUUAAAUUUAACUCAAAUUUCAAGAAUAAUGAGGGAGAUUUUACAUUCUCAUCACCACAGAUGAAAGCCCAGACACCACCGUCAUCUGCUAGUGAUAGUCUCCUAGGAAUUUUAACUGCUGGAAGGCCUAUAAAAAAUGAUUUGAUUCUAGGUCAAAUGUCUACACAAGGAAUGCACAGUCGAGAGAGUUCCUUUUCCCAAGGAGAGCAGCAUUCUUUUAGUGACGUUUUGGCUCAAAGACAAAAUAAGAAUACAUUCAAUGUAUUGAGUAAUCAGGUGUUUGGUUUCAAGGAUACUAGCAAGCCGGCAACUUGUGGAGAGAAUGCUGAAGACAAGGAUGGUGAAAGUGAUGACGACAGUGUACCUGAUGAAGAAGAUGGGCCACAUUUUGACCCAGUUGUACCACUUCCUGACAAAGUAGAUGUAAAAACAGGAGAAGAAGAUGAGGAACUAUUGUUUUCCAACAGAGCUAAACUCUUCCGUUUUGACACCGAGACCAAAGAAUGGAAGGAACGAGGCAUUGGGCACAUAAAACUACUACAACACAGGACAUCCAGGAAAAUCCGGCUUCUAAUGAGACGAGAUCAGGUUCUUAAGAUCUGUGCAAACCAUUAUAUUACUGCAGAUAUGAAGUUGAAACCAAAUAAAGGAUCUGAUAAAUCAUGGGUCUGGUGUGCCUUGGAUUAUUCUGAUGAAAAACAAGUAUUUGAGCAACUUGCUGUUCGCUUUAAAACAGCAGAUGAAGCUGCAUUGUUCAAAGCCAAAUUUGAAGAAGCACAAAACUUGGUUAAAGAUGAUGAAUUAAAACUGAGCAGUCUGUUUGGCCAAGAACAGAAAAUGGGAAUCAAGUUGAAGUCUGAUGUGAACUUGGGUACUGUUAAGUCUACUGAAGACUCUGGAUUUGCUGCUCAGUUUUUGAAGAAACCUGGUGAGUGGGAUUGCAGCUCAUGUUUUGUACGAAACACUGCUUUAGAUUCUGUGUGUCUAUCUUGCCAAAGCCCUAAUGUCACUAAUAGAAAACAAAGUUUACCUUUUGCUUCAGAAAUGGAAGUUGCAAAAUUAGUGCAAAAUGGAAGUGCAGUUGAAGGACCUGAGAAGAUUACAGCUUUUACCAAACCAGUAGGGUUUGGUGACAAACUUACCAAUACUGAUGCAAAAUCUGCAACCUUUCAGGCACCCAAACCGAAUGGCAAACUUCCUAUUGUUACUUCAUUUGGCCAGUCAGCCUUCAGUGAGAGAACAUCUACUUUGACACGAGACACAUUACAAGGAAUAUUUGCCAGAAAAGGACAGUGUGAUUGCAGCACUUUGGAGAGAAAUUUGGAAGUGACAAGAUGUAUGACCUGUCAGGCAUCGAAACCCAAUGACAAAAUUCCAGUUGUUACUACAGUUGCCCAACCAGCAUUCAGUGAGAAAACCGCCACACAAAGCUUGGCAGGAUUAUUUUCCAAAAAAGAAGGACAAUGGGAUUGUGGUUCAUGUUUUGUGAGAAAUGAAUCAGAAAUGACAAACUGUGCUGCUUGUCAAACACCCAGAUCAAGCAAUAAAACGGCUGGAGUUUCAGCAGCUUCUACCACAACAUUUGCUCUUGGCAGAGUUUGCCCCAAAUCAGAUGCACCUGAAUUUGGAUUUAACGUUAACUUCCCAGCAAGUAGUUUUAAAUUUGGGAAUGGUAGUGUAAACAAUACUGCAGGCUUCAAGGUUGAGCCACCAUCAUCUCAGUCUUCAAGACCAUUUUCCAGUCCUGCAUUUACAUUUUCUUCAUCUAGUUCAGGUGGUAGCUUCACAUUUGGUUUGCCGGAUGCAUGCAAAGAUUCUACUAAAAAGACUAGUCAGCAAGGAUCGGCUGCACUCUUCUUAAAAGCCUUUGCUGAGCAAAAGGAGAGGGACAGAAUCACUGCACAAUCGGACAAAGAUCAAGUUCUAAACUCUGACAUUUCAAACCAAAGUCAAGAUUUUAUUCUAGGUAAAGAUAUGAAUGUCUCUACUUUUGCUGAUUUAGCAAAGUCUGCAGAUAAAGGUUUUCAAUUUGGCUCCAAAGAUCCUAAUUUCAAAGGUUUUGAAGGAGAAGGUCAGCAACUGUUUUCAACAUGUACAACAGCUACUUCUGCUGAUGAAGAUGAUGAACUCUAUAAAACUGAAGAGGGGGAUAAUAUUCAUUUUGAACCUGUGGUUCUUAUGCCUGAAAAAGUAGAUCUUAUUACUGGUGAAGAAGAUGAAUUGGUACUUUAUUCACAGAGAGUUAAACUAUUUAGAUUUGAUUCAGAAAGCAGCCAGUGGAAGGAGCGGGGUGUUGGAAACCUCAAAGUUCUCCAAAACAAAGCCAAUGGCCGGCUUCGGAUAUUAAUGCGUAGAGAGCAAGUUUUAAAAGUAUGCGCAAAUCACUGGAUAACUACAACAAUGAACCUCAAACCCUUAAUGGGCUCUGAUAGGGCAUGGAUGUGGUUGGCUAGUGACUUUUCAGAUGGUGAGGCAAAGGCAGAGCAGCUAGCAGCAAAGUUUAAAACACCUGAAUUGGCUGAAGAGUUUAAGGAAAAAUUUGAGGAAUUCCAAAGAUUGCUGUUGGAUAUACCACUACAGACACCUCAUAAACUAUUGGACAAUGGCAAGACUGCUCGACUAAUACAAAAAGCUGAAGAAAUGAAAAAUGGUUUAAAAGACCUGAAACACUUCUUAAAAGAUGAGAAAGGAAGCUUGCAGGAUGAAGGGAAUAUGUUGAGUUCUGUAUCUGAAAGCAGCAGUACAUCUGGUUUAGUAAUUAAACCACAUUCUGAAAGUACUGGACCUACUUUGGAGUGGGAUAAUUACGAUCUACGUGAAGAAGCUUUGGAUACUAGUGUGUCUAGCACUGGGUAUGGAUCUCCUGACACUAGCAGUCCAGUGAGGAAAAACCUUUUCCGUUUUGGUGAUUCAGCAACUGGUUUUAAUUUUAAUUUCCAACCCUGCUUGAGUCCAUUAAAAUCUCCUAAGUUGAACCAGAGUAGGUUGUCUGUAGGUACAGAUGAAGACUCAGAGUUUGGCCAAGAGGAAGAAAAGGACAUACAACAUUUUGAACCAGUUGUUCCAUUGCCUGAUUUGAUUGACGUAUCAACAGGAGAGGAGAAUGAGCAAGUUAUCUUCUGUCACAGAGCUAAACUUUACCGUUAUGAUAAGGAAGUGGGCCAGUGGAAAGAGAGGGGGAUAGGGGACCUGAAAAUUUUACAAAAUUAUGAUUCCAAAAAAGUUCGGAUAGUUAUGAGAAGGGAUCAGGUGUUGAAAAUUUGUGCUAAUCACUGGCUGACACCAGAUGUGAAAAUUGAGCCCAUGAAAGGAACUGAGAAAGCUUUUGUUUGGAGUGUAAUGGAUUUUGCAGAUGAUGUGGCAAAGGUGGAACAGUUAGCUGUGCGUUUUAAGCAACAAGAAGUUGCUAACUCUUUCAGAGACCUCUUUGAAGAAGCCAAGAAGGCUCAAGAACAAGGAACAUUAGUUACACCAUUGUCUUCAAGGGAAACUACCCCAAGGGAAUCUCCUUGUAAGAUUUCAGUGUCAAUGAUGGAGGAGACUAUUAAGGAAACGACAGAGCAAACAAAUAGUAGUGUUUCAAUUUCAAAUAGUGCGGUCAAGUCACCGAGUACUAGCGUGGCUGAAGCACCUCCAUUAAAGUUUGUAUUUGGAUGUGAUUCUAUGAAAUCCAUUUUCAACAGUGAGAAUGAGAGGCCUUUCACAUUAGGUAAUUCAGCAGCCGGGUCCUUUAGUUUCAGUUUUAAAAGUACAGGUUCAACGUUAAAAGACCAAGUACAAAGUGACUCCUGUGCUGUAAAGAAUAAACCGCAAGAUGUUGCUAAUGGUGGAUUUGAUUUUCGUAAAGCAGCUGCAUCUCUCUCAAAGUCUUCAGUGGUCAGCUUGUUGUCUUCAAAUUCAACAGCAGAAGGUGUGGAAACUGCUUUUGCAACUGAAGAUAAAUCCAAACAGACUCUAUUUAAUAGACCACAAUCUGGGUUUAAUUUUAGUCUUUUCAAAUCUAAUCCAUCUGCCUUUUGGACAAGCACAUCUGUCCCAUGGUGUGAAAAUAAAGUUGGAGGCGAAGAUUUACAAAUUAUUUUUGCAUCGGUACCCACACCUGAACAAGAAGCUCUUGCAAAAGAACUGAAACUUCCUCCAACAUUUUUUUGCUACAAGAACAAACCUGGCUAUGUUAGUGAUGAUGAAGAUGAUGAAGACUAUGAAACUGCAGUCAAAAAUCUCAAUGGAAAACUAUAUCCAGAUAAGCCCCAAAGGCAAAAAUCAGCUAUCACAGGUAAAAGCUUGAGAACUAAUGCAAAACUGGAUCCAGGUGCGUCAGGGGGACAAUUGGCUACCCUUGACUCGGAAUGUGUAUCUGCACCAGCUGAUAGAAGUCUUGGUAGAAAUCUACACCCAGAUCAGUGUAAGGAUUGGCUUCAUCAGGAUGCAUCUCAACAAGAAGUCUCCAGUAAAACAGGCACUUUCUUGAAAUCAACUGAUAAGUUAUGUUGUGGUGACAAAAAGGAGCAGAAGUCCUGUAUAAUAGGCUCCAGUGUGGGUAAUCUGGAAGAAGAUGGUGAGAAAGACUGUUUCAUUGUCUGGGAGAAAUUACCAACAGAUGAAGAGAGGAUGAAAGCUAAAAAUCUGCUGCUCCCUUCUACCUUCUUUUGUGGUUUAAGCAGUGAUACAGAAGGGGAGGAGAAGGAUGAUGAUGACUUCGAGACUGAAAUUAGAAAAAUAAGGGACUUCCAGAUAGCUCAAGAAGGGCACAUCAGCAGCUCCACUGAUGCACAGGCUACAGUACAGUUGAAUAAACAGACAAUGGAUACACCAGCUGCUGUUUCAAGGAUUGAACCAGACUCCACAACAAACUCUAUACCGAAGGCAGAAUUUCCAGCAUCUGAUGAUGGCAGCCCCAUUGAUUUAUCAGCUAGAAAAGAAAUGGAACCAGAUUCUACCACUCAGGAGAAUGGCAUAUUUGCAUUUGACUCUACAGGAUUUUCUUUUGCAGAUUUGGCUGCAAAGAAUAAAACUUACACAUUUGCAAAGAAAGCAACCAACUUUGUAUGGGAAAAUGCAGGAAUUCCUGUUUUUAAUUCGAUGGUGACUCAUACUCCAGCUGAUACGGAAGAUAAUGGUGCUGAUGUGGUAGCUGGUGAAGAUAUCCAUUUUGAACCAAUAGUUUCUUUACCAGAGGUUGAAACAAAAUCUGGUGAAGAAGAUGAGGAAAUUAUAUUUAAAGAAAGAUGCAAACUGUAUCGAUGGGACAGAGAUCUUGCUCAGUGGAAAGAGCGAGGUGUUGGAGAUCUAAAAAUUCUAUAUCACUCUCAAAAGCACUGCUACCGUAUUCUUAUGAGAAGAGAACAGGUUCUGAAGGUCUGUGCAAAUCAUGUUAUUACUGAUGAAAUGGAACUCAAAUUAUUGAAUUCAACAAGUAAUGCAUAUGUUUGGACUGCAGCAGAUUAUGCUGAUGGCGAAGCAAAAAUAGAACAACUUGCUGCCAGAUUCAAAACUCCAGAGUUGGCUGCAGUUUACAAGACAAAAUUUGAAGAAUGUCAAAGAGCACUUUCACAGCUCCAAAAAUCUGAAGAAUCGCAAGUUGUAUCCCAAUCAGAUAGCAAUAAUCCUGUUGUUUAUUUUGAUGUGUCUGCUGGUGAGAAGGUCUUGGGACGAAUUAUUAUGGAGCUGCUAGCAAAUAAGGUUCCACGGACAGCUGAAAAUUUCAGAGCCCUUUGCACUGGGGAGAAAGGUUUUGGGUUUAAAAGAUCAAUAUUCCACAGGGUCAUUCCAGGAUUUAUUUGCCAGGGUGGUGAUAUCACUCAAUGGAAUGGAUCUGGUGGAAAGUCCAUAUAUGGCAAUGAAUUUGAAGAUGAAAACUUCAGUUUGCGACACAUCCGCCCUGGUUUAUUGUCUAUGGCAAAUAAAGGCCCCAACACCAAUACUUCGCAGUUUUUCAUCACGCUGAAAGAAGCCCCACAUUUAGAUUUUAAACAUGUGGUUUUUGGCUAUGUCAAAGAAGGCAUGGAUGUUGUAAAACUAAUUGAAAAAUUUGGUUCAAAAGAUGGCCACACAAGCGACACCAUUACGAUAACUGAUUGUGGACAAAUUUCUUAAACUUUGCCCCAUGCACACUAUUAAAAUCUUACAUUAAGGGUUUGGAAUGGUGUAAUACUGGAUAUUGCCUUGGCACAAAAAUGUGCUGGUCUUUGGAUGUCAAUUUUUUGUUGGAUAUUGCAUGUUUCAGAAUAAAAAAUUGACAAACAUUAACAAGCAGUAUAAUCAAUCUUAAACGUACACAUAACAUGGUUUUGUGACGUUUACAGUCCUGUUGAACUUGAGCGGUAUUUUAAACCUGCCAAUUGACUUGGAGAAAAUACUGUUAUAAUUACAACUUUUGGAAGCUUUUCAUUUGAGAACUGUUGAGAUGCAAUGUAGUAAUUGCAUUCCAGCACUAAAAGUGGAAAUUGACAGGUAGAAUUGGAUGAUUUUUAUUUUUGCCUUGGUUAUGCAUCAUAUUUUGGUGGUGUUCAGAUUACUGCAGCAGAAUACCAGGUGAUUUAUCAAUUCCACUCAUAGAAUGGAGUUAAAUUUUUGAUGGUAAUUUACUGUCAGUGAAGAAUUAAGCUCUGCUAUCAACAUUGCAAAUACUGAAAUAGAUUGACAUUGUAAAAUGUAAACUUUUUUUUAAACAGAUCCUUUAGUAUUUGCUAAUGUUUGUGAUUGGCUCUGUAAUUUUGAAAAUUUAAUUGUUAAAAUCCAUAAGUUUAUACAUAUUUAUAAUAAAGGAGUAAUUCUGUACCUACUUUAGCAUUUCUUUUAGGUUCAAAUUCAUGCAGAUUUCAAGCAAUGGUGUUUGCAAACUUGC